AAAAUUUGAAGAUUUUUCAUAGUUCAAUAGUAAAAUAUAUUCGGAAUAAUUUGUGCGCUUUUUCGAAGGUGUAAUCAAUGAGAUGCCGCUUGCACAUCUUGGUCAACCAUUCCUGAAGGCAAGCGAUGUCACGAAUGAGUGCAUAUCUAUAGAUGACGCACCGGAUGUUGGUUGUCAAAAGGUCGAUGUUGCCGAGGUUGAAGUGAAUAUUGAAAAACUAGCCCACAAUACAGAAAAAGUCGAUCCAUCAUGUUUUGAUCUGCUUUACGUCAUUGGUCAAGGGUCUUUUGGGAAGGUAUUUCUUGUGAGGAAAAACAAUGGAAAUGAUAAAGGAACUUUGUAUGCAAUGAAAGUACUAAAGAAGGCUGUUUUGAAAGUUCGCGAUAGAUUGAGGACAAAGCUAGAAAGAGAUAUUUUAACUAGAAUUAAGCAUCCAUACAUUGUUGAUUUGCAUUAUGCUUUUCAAACUGAGGGAAAGGUGUAUCUUAUCCUGGAAUUUUUAAGGGGAGGGGAUCUUUUCUCCCGCUUGUCCAAAGAGUACAUGUUUACAGAAGACGAUGUGAAAUUCUAUUUGGCUGAAAUUGCAUUGGCUCUCAACUAUUUACAUAGUCAUGGGAUAGUUUACAGAGACCUAAAACCUGAAAAUGUUCUACUGAAUGAAGAUGGUCAUGUACGUUUAACUGAUUUUGGCCUAUCAAAGGAGUCAAUUUUUGAAUCUGCUGGUGACCGAACGUAUUCAUUUUGUGGAACAGUUGAAUAUAUGGCUCCAGAAGUUGUAAGUAGACAUGGACAUGGUACCGCUGCUGAUUGGUGGAGUUUCGGAGUACUUAUGUAUGAAUUACUUACUGGUAUGCUGCCUUUUCAUAGUGAGAGUAGAAAAGAUACAAUGCAAAUGAUUUUAAAAGCUAAAUUAUCAAUGCCACAGUUUCUUAGUCCUUCAGCUCAAAGUUUACUACGUGCUCUUUUCAAACGAACUCCAUCGAAUCGGCUAGGAUAUGGACCUGAUGGAUUUGAACAUUUAAAAAAUCAUGAAUUUUUCAAUACAAUCAAUUGGGAUGAUUUACUAAAUGGUUGUAUUCAACCACCAUUUAAACCUCCUUGCUCAUCAAUUAAUGACAUCCUAAAUUUCGAUUCAGAAUAUACAUCACGUACACCACAUGACUCGCCAUGUCCACCAGCCAGUGCAUCAGCGCAUGCGUUAUUUCGUGAAUUCAGUUAUAUAGCUCCUGGAUUUUUUGCAGAGCAUAAUGAUAAUCAUAAUACCACAACUACAAAUAAUUGCAACAACCAUGUUAACCUUAAUAAAGAAGUAUUGAAUGGAACAAAUAUCACUUGUUUGAGUUCACCGAAAGAAAAAUUCAAUUAUAGUUCUCGACACGAUGAUGAUCGUGCAAAUCCAGUACAUGUUCCAGAAGAUCUUCCACCCUUAACUCCUACAGUGGCAAGACGUUUUCUUCGCUUAGUUGGCUUGUCAGGUGUAAAAUAUAAACCAUUUUCAGUCGAUUAUGUUUUAUUAGAGGAAAUCGGUAAAGGCUCUUUUUCAGUUGUACAUAAGUGCUGUCAUCGAAAUACAAAUGCUGUUUGCUCUGUUAAGAUUAUUGAUAAAUCAAAACGGGAUGCCCGUGAAGAAGUUGAAAUAUUGCUUAGACACCAUAAUCAUCCAAAUAUUGUUUCCGUUCGAGAUGUUUAUGAAAAUGAGAAUUUAGUUUAUCUUGUUAUGGAAUAUUUAAAAGGUGGUGAAUUAUUGGAUAAAAUUUUCCGAGAAAAAUUUCUUUCUGAACGUGAAGCUAGUAAUAUCACUUAUGUGAUUGCAAAUACUUUAAGUUAUUUACACAGUAAUAUGGUUGUUCAUCGUGAUCUUAAACCAUCCAAUGUAUUAUAUGCAGACGAUUCUGGUGAUGCAUCUUCCCUGAGAAUAUGUGAUUUUGGUUUUGCAAAACAAUUGAGAGCUGAAAAUGGUCUUUUAAUGACACCGUGUUAUACUGCAAAUUUUGUCGCACCAGAAGUGUUAAAAAUGCAAGGUUAUCAUGCUGCAUGUGAUGUAUGGAGUUUAGGUGUAUUAGUGUAUACAAUGUUAUUUGGACAAACACCAUUUGCAAUUAAACCAAAUGAAUCAUCUGAAGUAGUUUUAUCACGUAUAGAAUCUGGUCGAUUAGAUUUAAUCAAUAAUAAUUGGAAUAAAAUAUCUGAUUCAGCAAAAGAUUUAUUGACAAAAAUGUUAAAUCCUGAACCAUCUAAACGUUGUACAGCUAGCGCGAUCUUAUCACAUCCAUGGGUUAAAAAUCGUGAUCAACUGUCACCAGAAUUAUUGACCGACGUUUUGUUAAAUGAUGUCACUCAGACAAAAAAUUCAGUCGAAGCUACAUUUAGAGCAUUGAAUAGUACUAGUAAAAUACCAAUACUUGAACCAGUUGAAUGUUCUACAUUAGCUCAACGUCGUGUUCGUGCCAAAUCGAUUUUAACAAAUCAAAUCAAAGUAGAAGAAAGACAUUGAAUUUUCAAUGAAUCUAUUGUAAUAAGAAUAAAAUUAGUGUUUUAUUAUUUCCUUUUUUUCUCUCUUUUUUUGACAUAUUUAAUCUCAUUAAUAUUCCAUUUCACUCACUCUGCAUUCUUUAUCAUUAUUUUUUUCACAUAUUUGAUUAUUAUCUCUGUGUUUUUUUUAAAAUUUUAUUUCAUUGUACAUGUAAAAUAUCUGCCACUAACAUAUUUCUGUUGUUAUAUAAAUACAUAAUUCAAUUAGAAACUGUAAAUUGAUAUGAGAACAUUUCUUUUUUCCCGCUCGAAAUAUUCAAUUAUAUAUUUUGUUGUUGUUGUUUGUUAACGACAUUGUAUCUAAAUAAUUUACAUUGAUAUGCUUGUAAAAUGUAGACUAUAUUAAUGCAUAUAUUGUUACAUGUUUUAUACAGAAAAUUCUUUAUUCACUAUCAACUUAUCAAGUUUUAAUUCAUAAAAUGUUAUCAAUGAGUUUACCUGUAUAAAAAUAAACACGUUUCGCUCAUAAUAGCCUUAUCAUUUAGUAUUUUGUUAUUACUAUUAUUAUUACCAAUGAUACGAUUGUGAUAUAUAUGUAUACCUUAACUGUCGUCUUCUAUUCAAAUUACACAAUGACAAUAAAUGGUUGUUGUUUUUUUAUUUCUUCAUUAUGAAUGUGUGAAAUUUAUGGUAGUGUUGUAUACGUUAGAGUUAGAUAGUUUAUUUGUACAGUUUUCAUUAUCAUUCUGAAUAAUAUCGUUAGAAUCUACUCAGUAUAGAAGUCAUUAAGUUAUUAUAACUGCAAAUUUCAUUUCUAUAUGAAGAAGACUCUAAUGAUGUCUAGAACUGUAUUGGAAGCUCUGCAAACAAAAUAUCUAAUUUAAAUAACCACACAAUAUCAUAGGUGUUCAUCCACCGUUGUUGCAAGGUUUCUCUAUCAUUUCAAAAUGUAAGCGUUACUAUGUUUAUACUUUCGUUGUCUAGUCAUAUGAAAAUAGAGAAGGCAGUGUUUUUUUUCUUUUUUUAUUCUGCAAAGUGAUGUUUCCCUCUUCUUUAAUUUGACAUAUUUCAUUGUUUUAAAAAAGAGUUUCAUGUUCUCACACCAUCUUAUUUACAUUCUGUUUUUAUUUUCUUAAGCAAGCUGUUUUUGUUCAAUAUUUCAUUGUAGAAUAUAUAUACAUAUAACAUUGUUGUUUUCAGUGUUAAAUAUUUAAAAACAGAAUAAUAAUUCAUAAAUGUGAAUCGAAAUACUGUUUUAUAAUUUCUCAGUAAAAUCAUGGGCAUUGUCACAUAGCAUUUAUCCAUUAUGUUUUAGUAAUUUUAAAAAGUCGCAGGUAAUUGUUAGUAGUAACGUCUCUGAUUGUGAAGCUCAAUGACACGGAGUCAUAUCCUUCAGAAAGCAUCAGUUCCCUCAAGAUUUCAAGCACACUUGGCUGACGAAAGCCACUUAGCUCAAAAUAUUGGUUCAGAGUUUCCUUUCGACAUUUUACAUAUUAAUGCAUAUAAAUAGAUAUGAACACACGAGGAAUACAUUAUUCUCUAUGAUACAAGUUUAUGAUAUCGUAUAGAUAAAUGUUGAUUGACUACUGUAUAAUUUUUUAGAAAUCAAAAUAUUAAACCGGGGGUUUCUUAAUUGUUAUAUGUGGAGAUCAGUUGAAAUCGGGACAUAUAUGUAUGCUGACGUUUUGCAUUAAACAAAUGAAUCAUUUAUUCAAUUUAAUAUGUUUUAACUUCAACUAAAUUUACAAACACAUAACCAAAUUAUUAACUAUUAUUUUUGUUUUGUUUUUUUCGUAGGUUUCAUAUGAUCUUUUAUUUUUUAUUAUUAUUAUACAGAAGUUAAAUAAUUCAAAAUAGUCGAUGAAAUUUAAAUGUUUAAGUGGGUGUUUGUUAAUCUGUUAUCAUUAUAAACUAAUUCAAUAAAAACUAAGGUUUAGAUUAUGUAUCAUGAUUAGAUGAAUAAGUGUUAUUCAAUAUUCUAUCUUAUAUACCAUAUUAUGUCUACGCAAAAUACUUCGGAUCCGUUGACCGGACACUAUUAACAACAACCAACUGUGGGAAAGAACAAACCAGAUCCCAGCGGAAGUAGAAAUCAGGAAGAAGCGCUGGAACUAGAUAGGACACACAUUGAGGAAAGCACCUAACUGCGUCACAAGACAAGCCCUCACAUGGAAUCCUUAAACCCAAAGUAGGAGAGGAAGACCAAAGAACACAUUACGCCGGAAAAUGGAGAUGGGCAUGAGAAAAAUGAACUAGAGUUGGAUGGAACUAUGACCAGUCCUUUGGUUGGAUUCCCCAAAAUUCUUAUCCUACCGAUCUUGAUAAUUGUUUUCUUGGUUUUUUUCUCCAUAAGGAUUAUCUCGUUUAUGAUUUGCAAUUAUAUUUCAAAAACGUGCGAUACUGACUUACUGAGCCCUCAGUGAAUCAAAUGAAUUAUCCCUAAGAAUUCUAAGUAAAAUAUCAUAGCAAGUAAACAAAUCAAGAAAUUUAAUGUAAACGUUUUUUUCUCACUUAAACGAUAACGAUAAACUGCAACUGAUGUAACGCAACAAUAAGAAAGAUAUCUCUCACACAAAAACAAAGAUUCAGUGAUUAACUAGUUCUUCAUUGUGCUGUAAGCAUUUGAUGCUGAUAACCAGUUAACUCGUAUAACAGUUUGACCAAGGUUUGGUGUCAAUUAAGUUCAGAAAUUGACCUUAAUCGAAUGCACUUGGUAAAAAUGAGGGAAAUAUAUACCUCACACUUAAAUUCGCCUGUUCUUACGAAGUAACAUGUUUGUAGAUCGGCGUAAUUAGGUCGGAUGCGAAGAUUUAAUUAGAUACAUUUAUGUCAUACAAUAUUAUCCUCAAACAAUAUAUAGUUAUAAACUAAAUAAAAGACAUUCUGGGGCUGGCUACAAGCCAACUCCCAUUUACCAUCAAUAAGUGAUAGACGGACAUACGGAUAGACAAGACACAUCUCUUUGUGGUAAGUCCGUCUAUUUAAUCAAACAAUAAUUUGCCAAUUGUGUUCCAUUGAUCGUUGUAUUAAUUUAUUAGCCUAUUGAUUUUAAUUCUUCAACUUAACUGUCAUCGAACCAAGCAUAAAAAUAUAUUCUAACUUACCAUAAAGUCCUUCAUGUGAUUUAACACUCAUGCACCAACAAUGCAUUAUAGUGUUAAUUUUCAUUUAUUUCUUAUUUACAGUUUUUGUAUAAAAUACAGAACUCGUUUUGUAGGCUUAUUUAUUAUGAAUUUCCGUAAAACCUUAGAAAAUUUAUUCUAGAAUAAUAAUGACUUCCUAUAACUUAGCAGUCAUUAACUGAACAGAUAAAUUCUCGAAUCAGUAAACCAAUGUUUAAAUCUUAACCUUAAUAAUUUCAAACACAUUAAACUUGUAAAUGAGAAUUUCAAAGAUUUGUCAAAUGUUCAUAAAGCUAUGACUUUUGCGUAAUAACAGUGGUAUCGCGAGAAAGUUUCAAUCUUUUAUAAAACUAGAUACUAGUUCAUUUCCAUCUUUGUGGUCUGAAUAAAUCUCAUUGGUUAACAGUGUAACUAUGGGGUUAAGUGUCUUUUUGUGUGAGAUAUCCCGACCGUUGUUGCUACCUUGACGUGGUGGUCGGGAUUGCCUAUCGUGAUAAAGCAACCGAGCUAUACUGACUGGAACAACCGUUCCUCAAGGUCCUACCAUUUCAGACAGGUCGGUUGAAGAGCGGUAAGACUAAAAGCAACAAACCCAAGGUCCGAAGGCGAAGUCGUACUGCUGACUGUACAGAGGUGUGACAGCAGUAAGGUGUUUCCUUCAGACAACCAGCAUGACAGCGAUGCUGCCUUUCCACAAGGAGGGGUGGGGUUAGAAAAGGUCGACGCUAAAAUUGCACACCUCGCCUUAUCCCACGGAUAUCCGUCUCCGGCUGUAAGGUCCCAAAAAGUACGGAGCUAACGCAAAACUUACCCAUAAAAAGGUCGUGUGUGACCGACCUCAAGCAGUUGUUCCUUGGGCACUGCGAUCACACUCCCAGGUCACUAAGACCACCUCUAAUCCAAUUUCAUUUUCAGGUACCUCAUCCUCCUCUCCUGUGUGAGAUAUAAUGCUCGGUACUAACAAAAUAUAUCCAGUCUUUUUCCAUAAACUAUCAAAUCUCUGAGUGUCAUUUUACGAAGCCCUCAAAUCAUUUUUUGUUAGGUUUCAAAGAGAAUCACAUCAUGAAUGAUAAAAUACGUAAAAACUUGAUGCAGUAGCUGAUAAAUCUUUGUAAAGUGGUGAACUUCUUACGUUUAAGUAUUUUGUUAAACGACGGAACAAAAUCAUCUGUAAGUGCUUUUGUCUCGAAAUCACAACCCACAACAACAUAAACUGAUAAGGUUUGUAAAAGCCUCAUGAGAUUUGUUCUGAUGAAUCAUAAAGGAUUUUCUAAAAUUUAACAAUCAUUGUUGAAAAAUAAGCUGGUGGUGUUGACAAGACACUAUCAUGCGUCAAUCAAAGCAGUAUUUUAAAUUUCUUCGAACGUCAGUGAAUUCAAAAGCAACAACUAAAGUCUGUUUGUAGAGUAGGGCGUUCCACGAAGUUGUAUGGAAGUGCGAUAACGAACCAUGGAACCAGUCCCCAAGUAUUACACCAACCAACCAUAAUUUCAUGGUCAAUAACAGUCCGUUCGACUUUUAUUACUAUGGAAACUAGUGGUAGUUGUGUUGGUCUGGCUAGGAAAUUCAGAUAAGUAAAUAUUCGUUAUACUAUGCGAAGUUUACGUGUCCUAGUCGUAGUCUAGACUAAGCCUCCGUUAUCUAUACGAUGUCGUUUCAGAAGUGGUCACAACACAGUCUGCAUUCCUUACUCAUUUACUUGAUUUUUUGCAGGAUGGUUGCAACAUACAUAAAAAAAGAAGAAUGCAACAACUCGACUUUACUAAACGUUUUGGUUGAGCAUUACUUCUGAAAAUAUACAAUGAUACUUUAUAAACUACCACAAAAGUGUGAGCAGUAUGCUUAGACCACUUGACAAAAAUGAAGGCUAAGUAGGAAUUCAGUGCUUCAUUAUGAUCUAGAAGGAAAAUACCUCUAUUCGUAACCAUCUGUUGACGUCAUGCCGUUUAUAUUUCUUUACCAUCCAGCUUCCCAUUCUCAUAUUCGAUUAUUUCUGUAUGCAAUCGAAUGUAGUAAUUAAGCUGGUCAAAUUUCAUUUUAUUCAUACACGAGAUAGCGGACGAAUGAACAUAUAGUGAUAAAUUAGUAACUUCGUAAGUAUUUGAUAUUUAUGCUAAUCCAAUAUAUUUACUGGAUAUAUCUUUACCUUAACGCUUUUGACCAAGCAGCCCCACUGAACGGCGUUUGAGUACGCUGUGUUAUGUAUUUCGUACGGUAGCUCUCCAAACAUAUCCGCAUCCUACCACUCUUGACUUCUGUUUUCAUUUAGUUUAGGGCUAUUGUUUAUUUACGGUUUUCGGAUAGUAGCGUUGCCAAGCGCUAAGUGAAUAUCGUCACAUACUGAUAGAGUUUAAUAAUUUAAGUAGUUGAGCACCAAUGUUGUCACAUUAAAGGGGUUUGUUGUGAUAUUUUGUAGGUUCUGCUAUGGUAAAUCUUCAUGUACGGUACUAAAAAAGAAAGCAAAGAUCAUUAAGGUUAUAUGGAUUAGUAAGUUUGGAUAGAAAUGGAGACAAACGAACGGCAAGUAAUUAAGCUAACAAUCAAGAGAUAAACAUCACGCUUGAACUUUCACUGGAGGUGUCAGGUGUUUUCAGAUAUGAAUACUUUCAGAACUGACACGUUCAACACCAGCGUUGAGUGGGUACCAGCCUAACUAUUUUUGAGUGUCACUAGCUGCUACAAAUUCUUCCUCUUCAGUCUUGCUCGACCCAGUAGUUAGAUAUGAGUUUUUUGUCUAUGUGGUACUUUUUACCAGUUCAAAACCACUACUUGGCACAGACAGCAAUAUGUAGUCUUGAGAUGCGUUUUUGAAGCUUUUUUUACAUUACCUUGAUCAAAAGGAACUGGUGGUUUCAAUAGGGUACGAGGCUAAUUUCCAACAAUCACGAGUCACAAGUGCUUGCCAAACAAACGGCAGCUUCACAGUUUACUGGUAUCAAUUAACCACACCUAACUUCUAAUAGUUGUCUUAUUUCUCAUGUUGCGAGUGCGAUAGUUGGAAACAACAUACAUAAACAAACACCAUGAAUCCGAUUACCAUGUAAGUGAAUAAAAGCUUGGGGUCACGGAUGGUUGAGGACCUAUGAGAGUUAAACAGGAAUGACAUGACCAACCAGCCAAUAUUCAAGUCACACCUCAUGGUUAGCAUCUAACGUAGAUUACCCCUUCAUCAUGUCCAGUACUAUAGCUACUUCGGUAAACGCGCAAUACAAAUGACGUUAUUACAGAAAUAAAUCAGUCAGGCUCGGUGCAAAGAACAGGAUGUGAUCACAGUUACAUGGGUAAGUCCACGUCGUGCAACUAAUUGUUGUGAGUUGGUUAUCCUUGGUUUUGACGAGGAUCAGUAAACUGUCUGGAACUAAGUGGCCGAUUUGCACUAUGGUUUGGCUAGUACCAUGACGUUUUAUUGGCGCUUAAGCAAUAUCCACUCCCACUCAACUAGUGAGUACUAAUAAAUUUGACUAUGUUGGAUUUGUCGGUUUACUUCAAACUGUCCUACAGAUU